AUGACGGUGCGGCGACCGAUACAGAGAUUCUACACAGAGCCGGCCCCGAUGAACAAACUCGGGAAGCCUCAUCUGCAGGUAGUGCGCAGCAUCUCUGUCGGACAAGCCCCUAACAUUCCUGACACUGAUGGUGUGAAUGAAAUGCUUGCUAAGGCAGGUCCUUCUGCAACACUGAAGGAUGUAGCGCGAGGCAUCCUAGAUCGACUUGUAGAAAGACCAGAGCUUGAAGUUCAGGUGGAAGAGAUUCUCUUCCUAAAGGAUUGCUUGGGCGCGAGCCUGGAGUGGCUAUGCAGCCUGGCUGCAAGUGAUGGUGCUGCAUGUUUCAAGAGGCCCUUGCUCUGGAGCGGUUGGUGUUCACGCUGCGACUGCGAAGCUAAGGACUACCUGAUGAUCUACACAAAACAGGUGAAUGCCAAUUCAUGUCCCGGCACACCGGGAAGUAGAUCACGAACCCCGUCCGUGGCUUUCUCUCGGCCGCCAUCCUGGGAAUCCUUGGACGCGAACAUACUGGAAGACUUCGACAAGUGGGACUUCGACAGCUUUCAAUUAUCCGAAGCGACGAAGGGGAGUCCUUUGCAUUUUGCCGGUUGGAAGGCCUUAGGUGGUUUCCUGGGAGAAGAGCCUUCUGACGUUUUCCUUGAGAUGGAAAGGACCAGCCGAUUUCUCGAGGCUGUGGAGGACAUGUAUGCUCGACAAGACACAGUGCUCUACCACAACAAUGUGCACGCCGCAGACGUGACCCAAUGCGUCCAUGCGUUGCUGCUUCAGUUUGGCUUCGCGGCUUACUUUGAUCAGCUCAGUAUUCUUGCCCUUCUGCUGGGUGCCAUUGUCCAUGACAUGGGUCAUGAUGGUCGCACAAACUCGUAUCAUGCGAACGUUUGCGACGACAUUGCGCUGACUUACAACGAUAUCAGUGUACUCGAGAACAUGCACAUCUCUAAGACAUUCAAGUUGAUGCAUAGUGAUCCUUCAACAAACAUUCUAGAGGGUUUCAAGCUUGAACACCGAAAUCGCUUACGGAAAGAGAUGGUUGAGGUAGUGCUGGGCACGGACAUGUCCUCUCACUUUGGCAAUGUAGCAGAUUUCAAGACUCUCAUCGAGAAGCUUGGAAGUGAUCCUGCAGAAUGGCAUCAUGAGCCAAAGGCCAUGUCGGCGUUGCGGGUGAUGGUGCUUCAUGCCAUGGACAUCUCGAACCCUGCGAAAGUCCUGCCGUUGUCUGACAAAUGGUCGGACUUGCUGCGACAGGAAUUCUUUCUGCAGGGAGAUGAGGAGAAGCGUUUGGGCCUGCCCAUUUCACCACUUUGCGAUCGAGAAACUGUGCGUUUCGCCAGCUCGCAGGUGGGCUUCUUCACCAUUAUUGUCCAACCAACUUUUACCCUCAUGGCUGAGCUACAGCAUCGCGUCAAGGAUGUGCUCCUGACACACCUUCAGACCAAUACGGAAGCAUGGGAGGCCCGCAAAAGGAAGGAGCAGCUUGGUCUGGAGAUUUCUCAGGCCCUCCCUCUGCUCAAAAUUCGCCCCCUGGAAUCCACAGAGCUGACAGAUCUGGCAGUCUUUCCAGAUACAGGCGCGUGUUUGUUCUCACCUAGCCGUGGUGGAUCCACAAGGGAUGUGCCAUGUGACAGCCAGAGCCAUGGACAGCCGAGAGUCCCCGCGGUUCAGCGUAAUGUUGAGGAUGUUGAGGGCAGUGAUGAUGAGACAGCCUUAGCUGCCUUAGCUGCCUUAGCUUGCUGUGCAUCGGUUGAAGCUCAAGUUGCCAAAGGUUUUCACAAAAACAGGCCAGCUGCACCAGCCGAAGCUUUCGCACUGUUCUACUAG